AUGCCUUCUUACGCUGUUGUGGGCGGUUCGCGUGGCAUCGGGUUGGAGCUCGUAAGACAACUAGCAGCGAAUCCGGAUAAUGUUGUCUUCGUGACCGCACGGAACAAGGCGAAGUCGACAUACCUCUCUGCGCUCAUCGCUGAGUCCUCCAAUCGGAAUGUGCAUGUUGUUGAGGCGGACGUGGUCGAUGCCCGCGCAAUGAAGACUGCCGCUGCAGAGAUCGCGAAGAUGUCCGGGGGUGCUCUAGACGUUCUCAUCCAUAACGCUGCGCGCAUGGAGUACGCCAAUCUAUUCAAAGCAUUCGACGAUUAUGAAACCGACGAUCAACUUGACGCGGAAUUCAUUGAAUCUUUUAAAGUUAAUGCACUUGGCGUUGUGCAUUCCGUCAAUGCCUUUCUCCCCCUGCUCCGUGAGAACACAACAAAGAAGAUCGUCAUUAUCGGCAGCGGCGCCGGAGAGCGUAGUCUUAUGUGGAACGUACGUAUGCACACGAUGGUUGCAUACGGGACAAGCAAGGCGGCGACAAACAUGGUCGCUACCAAGUACGCGGCGCAGCUAGAGUCUGAAGGGUUUACUGUUGUUUCGCUCAGCCCGGGAAUAGUCGAUGUCUCCGGGACUGCAGUGAGUGAAUUUGACGAUGCGAGCAAGGCUGAGUUGGCGCGCCAGCUAGAGAGCUUCCGCAAGGCCAUGCCCGACGUAGAUCUAACCCCGAUCACGCCUGAGGAAUCGGUCAAGACCUUGCUGAAGAUCAUUGGGUCGCUGAGUGUUGCCGACACUGGAUCUUUUAUAUCGUCCUUUGAUCCUCGCUUCGCGCAAACAUCUACAUGA